CCCUUGUAAUGCUACUAGGCUCUUCAUAGGGACAACUCGUUGGGUUUUUUGCUGCUCCGCCUCGUUUCGUUUCUCGGGGGCUAAACUUCAGGUGGCUUAAUUUUGCCCGCACCUCUAAUCCUCAAUCAUCAAUUCCACAUCCCUUCGACGCCGUCACGCCUUGAUUUCUCUACAACCAUUCUUCCUUCCCUCCAACUUAACAUCUUCCACCCAAUUCAACCGUCCAUUCUCUUUUGGCAUCAUCAUAUACCUUCUUUUAAUCCUCCUCUUUUUCUGAAUCCUGGUAGCUGGCGACUCGUUCUCUCCCAACCCCGGCCUCUUGUCGACACGUGGUGGUGCGCCCUUUUUCUUCCGCCGCGAAUCUCGUCCAGAAACGACACGCGUCACGAGUAAUUCGCCAUUUACGCUCCGGGACGACCUCGAUAACCACUCGAUCGAAUUUGUUGAAGAGAUUCCCUCGAUAGCGUUGGAACUUCUCAUCACAUUCUUUGCCGUCAGAUUCCACUGUUCCAAUCUCGAGCUGAAACCGACUUGUCAUCUUCGAAAUUACGCCACCUCACGUGACCGGUCAGCUCGACACAGCACACGUGUGAAAACCCGCCGAGGAACACCAAUCUUUUUGUUGAAUCGCCUUCCGACUCAUGAUAUCGAUUAUUCAUUCAUAAUACCAGACCCCUAUAGACCAUGGCAACUGCUGCUGUCAAUGUCACCGAGGCCGCGGUGGCCGCACAGCCCAACAUGGGCGGCGCUCAGUUCGCCUCUCAUGCUUGGGUUGAGCCCAUUAUUGUCGUUUCGAUCAUGAUCACUUCAUUGACGGUCAAUCGAAAACGAAACUUUCGCAUUCUAGAUUCCAGUCGAGGUCGAUCACCGACACGGUCUCUCCUACCACACGAAAGCCAGGAAUUCUCACCCGACAGCCUGGCCGAUUCAGAUUCCUAUCUGACUGGUGAAUCUGAUGUCCUGAACUCGUCCAAAUUCCCGCCAAAGAAACGCGACUGCUGUGGGAUGGUCGUCCGUACUCCCAACUCGUCCCGAUUUUCCGACCACGUCCACAGUCGGAUCCUACAGAAAUUCCCCUUUCUCAUCGAGAUGUUUUAUUGGGUUCUAAACCUGUUGUUCUACGUGCUCACCAAGGCCAUCGCUCAACUUACUUUGUCUACAAAUGACGGUCUCCGCGAGCUCGCCCAAGAACACGGUAUUCUAAUUUUGGACAUCGAACAUAAAUCUUGGUUAAGCUUUUUGUUCCCGAUCCAAGAAGCCGCAUUCCAAGGGUGGUUCUUACACGGACAUCUCACAGCCAUUACAUUUCUCAACCGGAUUUAUUCUCUUGUACACAUACCUGGCACCGUCGCCUUCCUCUCCUGGUACUAUUACGCAGCCCCCAACCACGCCACCUUUGCAACAGUCCGUCGUACCAUGACUUUGGGGAAUUUCGCCGCCUUUUCCAUCUUUACGGUUUUCCCGACCAUGCCUCCUCGAUUACUGCCUGAAGAAUUCGGUUUCCACGAUACUGUCCGACAGGCCAACGCCGAAUCGGUCUGGGUGGGUGGAAACUAUGUCAAUCAACUGGCGGCCAUGCCCAGCCUACACUUCACCUACGCCUUUGUCAUCGGGUGCACCUUCUUAUACCACUCCGGACUGUUCCGACGCGCGCAACGUAACGAGCCACGAAAAUCCAUGUUUACGCAAAUCUUCUACUUGGUCAUGGGUAUCUUUUACCCCUUGUUGGUGCUGACGGUGAUUGUGGCGACGGCCAACCACUAUUGGCUCGAUGCCGUGGUGGCCAUGUUGACCACCACUUUGUCUCUGUUAUGCAACAAAAUUUGGAUGUUCCUACUCCCGGCCGAGGAUGUGUUGUGUUGGAUAUUGAGGGUCGAGAAGCCCGUGCCUACUACCGGAGAUAGAUUGAAGGGAGGAAGAUACUUGCCUGUCAAGGAUGAGGAAGAAGUAUGAAAAUCCCGGCCAGGCUAGUAAACUUGGGGAUGCGGAUGACCCUUGGAGCAGCAACGAAACAAGAACAAGAACGAGAACAACAGGCAUCUUGGAUAUAAAUCUAAAUUUUGGGCUGUUGGGGUGGAGUUGGAAGAUAAAGGAGGGUAACAAAAGGACCAGGGCGAAGCGUUGACUUGUGUGUCGAUUGCAUUUGGAUUGUAUGAUUGCAUCACACAACAGAUCCAAAGGCGAAGAGGGGAGAUAUCUCAACCUUUGUAUAAAAAAGGCAACCUUCCAGGGUUGGUAGGGCAAAGGAGUAUUUGGGAACCUAGGUGCUUACCCACAAACCUAAGGUACAGGAUACCAUCAUGAGCAAGCUUCUUUUGGGGAAGCAUUAAUGAUUCCUUUUUUUGAAAUGAAAAUGAAAAUGAAAAAAACAAAUGAUCAAGAAA